UUAGGGUUUAGGGUUCUUUCGCAUUAAGCGUAAUAAUAAGUGCAGUUGUCGUCGUUACCAAGCGCCUCUCUCUCCCGUCACCGAGCUUCUGCCCUCCAUUUAUCCAAUCUCUGUCUGUGAGGAGACGGGGACGAAGAGAUGGUGAACGUUAGCUACUACCGCAACUAUGGGAAGACCUUCAAGAAACCACGUCGUCCAUAUGAGAAGGAGCGUUUGGAUGCUGAAUUGAAGCUCGUCGGAGAGUAUGGUCUCCGUAACAAGCGUGAGCUCUGGAGAGUACAAUAUGCGCUUAGCCGCAUCCGUAAUGCUGCAAGAGAUCUACUCACUCUCGACGAGAAGAAUCCAAAGAGGAUCUUUGAGGGUGAGGCUCUCCUCCGUAGAAUGAACCGUUUUGGUCUCCUUGACGAGAGCCAGAACAAGCUCGAUUAUGUCUUGGCUUUGACUGUUGAAAACUUCCUUGAACGCCGGCUCCAGACCCUCGUCUUCAAGUCCGGUAUGGCAAAGUCCAUCCACCAUGCUCGUGUUCUCAUUAGACAGAGGCAUAUCAGGGUUGGUAAGCAGUUGGUGAACAUACCGUCGUUCAUGGUGAGAGUCGAUUCACAGAAACACAUAGACUUUGCAUUGACCAGUCCCUUUGGCGGUGGCCGUCCCGGUCGGGUAAGAAGAAAGAAUGAGAAAGCUGCCUCCAAGAAAGCCUCGGGUGGUGAUGGAGACGAGGACGACGAAGAGUAAGCGUCUUCUUCAUUUUGCUCUCCUGUCAUGCAAACCUGGUUUUCGACCUAGGGUUUCGGGUUCUAAAUUUAGGGUUUGUUUCAUCUGUUUGCAUUGGACUUGGUUUUUCCUAAUCACGGGGAUUGUUAAUUUUUAAAAUGUUUAAAACAAGGUUGUUAUUAUUGCAUUUUGUGCUAGAUUUCCUAUCGUUUGUCUGAAUUUAUAUCUGAGGAGGUCGUCCAUCUCUUUGCAUGA